AUGUAUAAGCCAAUGCGACGUAGAAGUGCACGAGUCAUUGUCGUGUCCGUCAUAUUUCUCACAGUGUUAGCAUGCAUAUAUUACACGAAUUACACGAACACGGUGGGACCGACACAAUCGUCUUCUGCUACGAACGCAGGUGCCGGAAGUGGUGGGGGAAACGGAGGAGUGGGUUCGGACGAAAAUUUAAAUUUGAAAUUGUCGAGGAGCAAAAAUCAUAAUAACGGAUUAAGGGAAGCACUUUUCAGAUCAUUCAGAAGUGGAGAUUACGCGGAAGAUGAUUCUUCGACGGAUACGAAUAAUUAUUGUCCGAAAUUGGAUUCGGCAAAAGCAAACGUCGACACGGUCGAAACGUUUAAAACGUUCGAAUUCCAGCCUUACUGGAUGAAAAGCAAAGAAUAUUGGGAUGGUUAUUUCGAAGAAAGAUACAAAGAAACGAAAGAAAAAUGGUCCAGUUUACCGUUGAAGGUCAUAUUGGUACCACAUUCGCACAACGAUCCAGGAUGGUUGAAAACCUACGAAAAUUAUUUUCACUACCACAGCAGAAACAUUCUGAACAACAUGGCGGAAAAAUUAAAAGUUUUACCCAACAUGACGUUCAUAUGGUCUGAAAUAUCAUUUUUUUCACAAUGGUGGGAAAGCGCUCAUCCUACGAAGAAACACACGGUUAAAAAACUUUUAGACGAAGGAAGAUUGGAAAUAACAACCGGAGGUUGGGUCAUGACGGACGAAGCGACGGCACAUUUUUACGGAAUGCUCGAUCAACUCAUUGAAGGACACCAGUGGAUGAAAAAUAAUUUGAAUUUGACUCCGCAAACGGGUUGGUCGGUGGAUCCGUUCGGUCACGGUUCGACCGUUCCCUAUCUUUUGAAAUCCUCCGGAUUGACCGGCGGAACCGUCAUACAGAGAAUUCACUACGCAUGGAAACAUUGGCUCGCUCAACGUCAAAUGGGAGAUUUUAUGUGGCGACAAAAUUGGGAUCAAGACGGCCAUACGGACAUAUUGACGCACAAUCAACCCUUCGACAUAUACUCGAUCAAGCACUCGUGCGGUCCACAUCCUCAAGUGUGUUUGAAUUUCGAUUUUCGCAAGAUACCCGGAGAAUACACGGAAUAUUCGAUAAAAGCCGUUCCCAUCGACGAUGGAAAUUUAAAACAGAAAGCCGAACUCCUUUUGAAUCAAUACGGAAGAACGGGAAGUUUGUUUCCUCACAACGUCGUGCUCAUGCCCCUGGGCGACGAUUUCCGCUACGAAUACGACAUUGAAUGGGAUCAACAGUACAAGAAUUACAAGAAAUUAUUCGACUACAUAAACGCGAACAAGGAAACUUAUAAAGCCGAAGUCGUUUUUGGAACUCUCAACGAUUACUUCAAUGAAAUCAAGGAAAGGACGAAGGGAGCGUUUCAAAGUCUCAAGGGUGAUUUUUUCGUUUACAGCGAUAUUUUUUCCGAGGGUAGACCCGCGUAUUGGUCCGGAUAUUUCACGACUCGUCCGUAUUGGAAAAUACUCGAUAGAGAAUUGGAGGGAAAUUUGAGGAGCGCGGAAAUAUUGUACACGUUCGCGUUGAACAAAGCCAAACAAAUCGGAUUCAACAACACGGUCAAACUAUUGGAAAGAGACUACGAAAAACUCACCAAAUCCCGCAAGAAUUUAGGGUUGUUUCAACAUCACGACGCCAUCACCGGAACAUCGAAAUCUUUCGUCAUGCACGACUACGCCGUUAAACUCUUCGAAAGUUUACAAGACACUCUUCACAUACAAAGUUUUUCCAUUCAAACCCUGCUGGCGAACGACGGAGGACUCGGGAAGAAAGACGACGACGACAAAUGGCAUUCCAUGAAUAAUCAUCCCUCUACGUCAUCCUGGCUCCUCCCCGACACCGAAAGGGAAAGCUACGAAAGGCUCGCGAAAAAAAUCCCCAUCGUCGUUGAGAAAAACGGUAAGAGAACGAUCGUCGUAUUCAAUUCGUUGGGACAACAGCGACAGGACAUCGUGACGGUUCAAAUAUCCGAUCCGAACGUUCGCGUAACGGACUCGAACGACAACGUUAUACCCAUACAAAUAAAUCCCGUUUGGAAUUUGACGACGAACCCGGAAAAGAUAAUUCAAAGAUACGCGGAACCGGAAAAAGUUAUCGAAAACGAAUUUAAAAUCGUCGAAGGAGUUUACGAGCUCAUGUUCGUCGCGGAUUUACCGGGUUUGAGUUUGACGACGUUCACGAUCGAAUACAACGACGGAGAUAACGGUAACGAUAACGGAGACGUUCGCGCGACCGUGUACUGUAAGAAUUGUUGGAAAAGCGCGGAUAAGAAUCAGUUCGAAAUGAAAAACAUACAACCCGGUGACGUUCAAUUGGAAAAUCACAAAAUGAAAUUACUCAUAGACGGACGAAGCGGAUUUCUCAAAGCCGUUACGAAAAAGUCGACGGGAACGGUGACGCAAUGCGCUUUACAAUUCGCCGCGUAUCCGAGCGCCCAAUUUCACAGCGGAGCUUAUCUCUUCAUGCCGGAUCCCCAUUCUCGCGAUCCCGAACACGAAGUACUCGAAGAGGACACGCAACAAGUCGUCAUAACUUCGGGACCGAUCGCGUCGCAAUUGAACGUCGUCUACGGUAAAAUGUUAAAUCACUUCGUUAGAAUUUAUCACGCGAACGGACCGCUCAGCGAAGGGAUUUACAUAGAGAACGUUAUAGAUUUCGAAGCCCCCCCGAAAAAUCGCGAAACGGAAUUGUUCAUGAGAGUCGUGAGUGAUAUAACGAACGGUGACCCCCCCGAAUUCUAUUCCGAUCUCAACGGUUUUCAAAUGCAGAAACGCGUCAAAGUCGAACGUAUCGGAAUCGAGGGUAAUUACUUUCCCGUCACGACUAUGGCCUACAUAGAAGACAACAAGAGACGUUUGAGUUUUCUCGUCGAUCACGCUCAGGGUGCGUCCGCGUGGCAACCCGGUCACUUGGAAGUCAUGCUCGAUAGGCGAACUUUAUACGACGAUUCGCGAGGAAUGGGAGAAGGAAUCGUAGACAACAAGCGAACACUUUCGAAAUAUUGGAUGCUCCUGGAAGAAGUGGGAACGGGUGGAGGAGAAGGGGGAACGAGGGACAAGCUUUCCCUUCCGAGUCUUUUCGCGCACCACAUGAGUAACGGUCUCCUAUAUCCUUUGAACGUGUUCAUUAUCGAGAAAAUCGUUGACGAUCCGAAGAAAACGGUUCCAUCCGAUCAUGUGAUACUAAAUAAGAAAUUAAAUUUAUUAAAUCGUCCAUUACCGUGUGACGUUCACCUCGUGAACAUGAGAACUCUGUCGGACAAUUCCCAAUUUCCGAGCGGAAGUUGUUUGAUGAUAUUUCAAAAGCAGGGUCACGCGUGCGACGUGAGCGUAGACACUAAAAUCCCCAAAUGUGCUCUUUCUUCUCCGAGAGAAAAGUCCUCCGACGGAUCUCCGGCUCCCGCAUUUUCUUCUUCACUUUUCCACAGGAAGACUUCACUCAACGAUGUCAAAGUCCUUUCGAUAUCUCGCACGUCGCUCACUGGACUCCACCACCUGAAAAAAUAUCAAAAUUUCGAUGAAGUUCUCAUAACGCCAAUGGAUCUUUUAACACUUAACGUUACCUUCGGAACGUGA